AUGUCGGGACCCUAUCGUCCAGCAUAUCCCGGCAAUGGAAGUACAGGGAAUCAACCGGUCUCUUUCAAAACCGAUAUCAAUCGCAAAAAGACGAAGAAAUGGGUUGCCGCCAAAUCGUAUUCCUACGACGGAGACGACUGGGGUGAUGAUGACGACGAGGAGGACGAACUAGAAGAAGAGGAAGAAGUUCCCCCGCUUCCAAGCACAUCUCGCCUCCCAUCUUCUACGGCGCAUCAACCAUUAUACUCCGGACCAGCCCCAAGUGCGGUACCUUCUCAGUCGCCUACAAAUAUCUUAAACCAGAGCGUCGAGUCUCCGCGUACACAGUCGCCUACGUUUGUUCGACCUGCAGAUAUAUGCAAACAAAUGCAAGAGGGCAAUGGUAGUAUUCAAGGAUCAACUGCUACAAAUCCGGCUUCUUCAGAAGUUGCUCCGGCUUCCGCUCCUGCUCCUAUAGUCGACGAAUACGAUCAUCAGAAUACGCCAUCUCAACAUUCAGAAGAGACUGCGCGAUCGGCAUCGCCAUUGAUAAUACCCGAAGUAAAGAGGCUAUCCGGCUUCGGAGAAGACUUCUUGGGUGGUACGAGUAACCCUGCACAAUCUUCCCAUGCUUCGGAGGCUCAAGUGGUAGAUCAAGGUUCGUCUCUGCAUCAUAACCCAUCUCUGGGCUUCACCUCUGUUGUACAUCAAGCAUUUGAUGUGCCAGAGACGCCGAGCUCUACUGCCGGAAACUUCAGUCGUUCAAACAGUGAUAGCACGUCUAUCAUUAGUCCAAUCGUCGGCCCGUGGAAGUCCGAGACUGACAAGACGCCUACCAUUACAGAAGAUCCCAUGGCGGAAGCAUCUGCACAGGAGCCACCUUUGAAUUUCAAACCUGGUCACCGGCGAGAUUUAAGUAUUCCAUCUCCAGGAAAUGGGCCGGAUAGGAUACCAAUAGUUACCCAUCCUGAAGAAAGCCAAUCAACUGAAGCAUCUCUAUCAUCACCUCGGGAAAGUCUGACUACACCAGAUCACGAGUACGCUGAGUCAAUGGUCGUGCCUGGGGAAGCCACUCCUCGUCCUUUGUCGAGUGUUCAUGCAACUGUCGGUCGUUCAGAACUAGAGCCUACCUCAAGGGAGAAUGGAAUCAAGUCAAGUGAGGAGAUCAUUUCGCGCGGGCCGACGCCGCUACAGAUCCCCGAAGAGCAUGCACAAAAUAUCCCACAAAUUGUGCCUUCACUGAGUACAGAAACUUCUCCUCAGGACUUGGAGAGCGAUCGUUUGCGAAAAGAGAUCAUGCGGUCUUUCAGUAGUGAACAUGUCUCCGCCCUUGAUGCUCAGGCAGAAGCUCAGAAUGGUGAAUAUGGGGAAUAUAACUCUCAAGCUAGGCAAAGCACGUAUUUGCCCAGUGAAUACGACAGCUACUGGAAUGAUCAGCAAAGCAUCCCUCCGACGAACCCACUUCAACUCCGGCCUACCGCCCCACCCGCAGAACCCUCGAAUCCGACAGCAAAUCAGGAAACAGCUAUCAAUCCCAAUGAUCCCACGUCCGGGCAAUCCGUAUCUAAGCCGCGUCACACGUUGAAGAAGAGGUUUUCAUGGGAAGCUUCUGAUGACUCGGAUGUAGAGGACGUUCUUGAGGAACCGCCAGCACCAGUUGUGCCUAGCCAGCCUGUACAACCCAUAUCAGGUGCGGAGACAGUGACUUCUGAAAACACAAUCAGCGUUCCGCUAUCUAUAUCAAAUCAAAGUUCUGCUGAAAAUACGCUCGGAGCCGAGACCGCUCUACCCAUUCGGCAGUCUUCGCCUGACGUAGAAAAGGAAACUGUCGACAAUCUCGAGGAACGGGAUGAAAAGUCCCAGGGUGAACUAAGCUACGUCCCUCCUGUAGCAGAACCGCAAGUCUCGGCGCUUACUGAGUCAGAAGACGACUAUGCACCACCGCAAACUCAGCCAUUGCAACCACGUGUUGAUGAAUCAUCACUACCUGCGUUCCGUAAGAUUUUGGAGAUUCCCUCUUCCAGCGAAAAAAUCCGGGUAUUCAACGAAACACGUGAGCAGUUUGCUGCGAUUGAAAGCGGCCUGUCGGACUGGAUUCGCCGCUCCAGUGAAUCUCUCCCUGAACACGCAGACCUAAUUCGAGCAAAUGGCCGUCUGCCAGGGGGCACGCCAACUAGCGGUUUGCCUCCAAAGACCAAGUUUCCGAAAUUAUCGUCACUUGGAAACUUGUCUUUGCCAUCUACAUCUCACUCAGAUGCAUCUACGCCAGGUGGAAUUAGCCCUACCCAUGCCAGGCGGUCAUCGGGUCCGCACAUUACUGGUGUGAUGAACAGACAGAACGUGGAGCUCAAAGGAAAAGAUCUUCUCCAUAGCGCUGGAGUGCUUGGUGGAAAAGCUGGUGGAGCCGCACGUGGGCUAUUCGCAAAAGGCAAAAGCAAAUUGCGAGGUGCUGAUAAGUUAUAUGAUUCUAAUAAACCCGCCAGCUUGUCGCUUUCUUCUCGGUACUCUCUGCAACCUGUUCCGCGAAUUCCAUCUUUAAAGUUGGGGGACAGUAAGCCCUUUAGGCAUUCCUUUGACGGGGAGCACGCCUUCUCAAGACAAUCACGACCUUUUUCUGUUGACUUCGAAAGCAACCUGAGGUCUGUCGCCGAAGAGCGAGUACCCACGGUCAAGCCAGCCAGCCCAAGCUCUCUUCGGCGGGCAAUGUCGAGAUUUGACAAUACAGAUGAUGAAUAUGAUGUAAACGGGGAGUCUGCUUCUGCAAAAAAUCGAUCUUCAUCUGCGAUAGUUUCAAAUGGUGGUUAUGAUAGUGACCAGGAGGACGGUUCGAAAGAGGACAAAGCGAUUCAUCAUCCAAAUAAUGGUCAUCGUAUACUGGGAAGGUAUACUUUCCUUAAUGCAGACUCGGAACAAGCAUCUGAGUCUAGCUUAGAUCGGUAUUCAAAUCCUCGAGAUCAGGAGCAAACUAUGCCGGCCGUCUCGCCGUCUGUUAUUUCAUCGGAAUUGUCUCCAUCUCUUACACGUGGUAUAUCUCAUUCGCGGAGCCAGGUGUCGAAAUUGAGUGAAGACGGCAACAACCCGGAAGAUACACCCAGGAUACCCAAUUCUGCUGCUACCGAGUCUGUGUCACCAUCAGAGCCUAAGCCAUUGGCUUCAGUAGAUAAAAGUGUUAAUAAUCCGGUAUUACCUCCACUUCCGCAAGACGGCAAACUGCGCCCUGUUGAAUACAAUAGCCGACGAGAUUCUAUCAAUUCCAAGGUAUCAGCUAUGAGCGAAGAUGAGAUGGACCGUAUCCGAGAAAAGUUUGACGAGGAAGGGCUUUAUUCUGGACCAAGGGAAUCAUCACCUACACGGUCUCAAGUAUCGGAUAUGACCGACGAGGACGACGAGGAUGACGACGAAUACGAUGCACUGAGAGAGAAGUUAGAUGAAGCUGGUUACCAAAUGGAUCCAGAAAAAGAUGAUGCAUGGCAACACUUCCCUCGACCACCGACGGGUUCUCCACGACAAAAUCAGCAACCAAUCCGUGUGGUGAAAAUGGCUCGUGUUGCAAUGAAUAAGCAUGCAUCGCAGAAGAACGAAGACGAUACAAAGCGAUAUUCAAGAUUCUCGUUCGAAGGCGAGGGCAAUACACUUGCAGAGGCCAUGCUUGAAAAUGGGCGUGGGAAACCUGCCACUGGUUCUAAUGAAUCAGCAGUUGGGUUGUCGCCGUCUCAAAUUCCUGUGACCAUGGGCGAAGACGCACCGGAUGAGCCCCCUCCGCCGUUUCCUGACCCGGAAGCCUCGUACGGAGAAGAUCAUAAGCAGCAAACAGAAGAAGAGAGGCCUGCGUAUAAUCAUGCUAUGCGUAGUCUAUCGAAUGGAGAUAGCCAGCCUUUGCAAUCAAAUGAAGCUACGAGACCCCCAAUUUACCGACCAAUUCAUCAGCAACCUGCUGCUGCUGCUUCUCAUGAUACAACUUCAAGGAUUGGUCGACUGCAAGAAUUACGCACGAACCGUAAUUCAAUUGCCUCGUCAGUCUCAUCUAUAAGCAGCCCGACAGUCAGCUCAAAUUUGCCACGGACAGCAAUAUCCCCCGAACCACAGUAUGCGAAACCCUCUAGUCAAACGCGUUGGGGUCAAGAUCUGCAAGCACCAAAAACAACUCAACAGCGAAGUAAUGUUGCCACCGCAGUUACAGAUAGACUGGGUAGAUCGUUAUGGGCAAAUGGCAGAAUCUCGAAUCGCGCACACGCACGAACUGUAUCGGAUAAUCUCUCCGGCUCUGGCAGUGAUACGCCCUCAAUAUUUUCAGGGAGACGUGAGCAUAGUCUUGGAAGCAGUGAUAGCAUCGCUGUGCAAGCUGCCCUGUCUCGAAAUGACCUUCUCCCAGAACCAUCUCCGCUGCAUCAAAGUAGCGAUGUUGAUUCGGAUCAUUCGUCUCACGCCAGACUGUCAACUCAAUUUCGAAACAGGAUGAAGUUCAUGGGCAAGAAAUCCAGAGAUGCAGCAGCGAAUGCUCAACCAGCGGAGCGAGAAGUCGAGACAAAGCCAGCCGAGAAGAAGAAAGAAAAGAACCCCGACGGCAAGAGAGGGGGAUUUUCUAGAUUCAGUGGUAUUUUCAACCGUCCCGGUGCUAAUCCGACAGAGAGAGAGCAACGUGCUGAGCGAAAUACUCCGUCACCUCUGAUUCAUCAGCAUGUUGAUAGAACUCCGAGGCAUGCUAGUCCGUCGCGGAAUCCUCAGCCGGCGGUUUAUAAACAGGCCACAAGCUAUCAGCAAGUCCCUUCUUCUACAAUAUCUUACAACCAGUAUCCUCCAAUGCCAGAACAGAGCAAGCCAUUGCCACCUCCGCCUAACGGAUACUACGCCCCGGAUCAGAGCUACUCGAAACAGGACUACUAUACGUAUUACGCCAAUCCCCCUCCUGCCGCAUAUCAGUCGAAGCCGGCGCAAUACUCAUCGAACCCAACUCAAUAUCCAUAUCAUCCACGGGGCCUGACUCAACCAGCAACUUCUAUGCCCAGUCGAUCCUACAACAACAGCAGAGCCAGGGCUUCCUCAGCCUACCCUGAAAUAGAGGAGUCACGCAGUCGAGCGCGAGAUCUGCGCAUGCGGUCACGCAGCCCUCGCCCAAAUCCAGUACGAUCAAUCGCACACAGCGAGAAUGUAAAUUACUCCGAUCCAAUCUACAACCUAGGCAAAUUCAACGCAGUGACUGAAACGGAACGCAUUGGCGACCAGUCUCUUCCGUUUCCCAUUACUCUUCCAGACAAUCUGUCUAAUGGACAACUAUCCCCUCGAAACUCGAUACAACCCGAAUCAUAUUUCUUCAAUAAUCGAACCGCGCAGAAGACUAAUGCCGGUCUAGGCCUGCGCAAUCCAGGAACUAAGGCGGCACACUUACCAUCCGCUGAUUCUGCUGCUGCCGCUGCUUCUCUUACGACUCGAACUCCGAAACAGAACUCAAGUCCGGAUUUCUAUCAGAACAGAUCAGUCAUCACCAAAAACACAGUUCCGAUUGAACUGCCGGUUUCUCACGAUGACUCUGACGAAGAGAUUGUCAUGUCUAGCACGGCCUAUCCGGGCCAGGAAUGGCAACCAGCUGGGUUUGAGCAGUGGAUGUCUUAUUAA